AGCACCACAGCACCCAAGCACCACAGCACCCAAGCACCACAGCACCCAAGCACCACAGCAUCCAAGCACCACGGUAUCAUUACCUAGUAUCAAUAGAUCGGGAUGACUUGCAAUAUCAAAAUCUCAACGUAGCAUUCACAAGGGGCACGAUGCAGCACUAGGUAGCGUUUAAGCUGACAGUUUGAGCAUAACUAUAUAGUCAGGCACUUUGUCAACCCCGUUCUCAAACUAGCCCGCCAAAAGGUCUUGGUCAGCAAUAGUCUCGAUGGGUUCACUUGACCCGUCCAAGGACCGCGAGCUGACCGUCUUGGUCACCGGCUUUGCCCCAUUCAAAGCCGAAUAUCCCGUGAACCCGGCUUGGGCGAUCACGGAAUCCUUACCGGAUUACCUGCCAUCUGAGAGGACCAAGGAUCCCGACCGUGGAAGGGCAUCAACCUUACCCGCAGUCCGUAUAUUAAAGCAUGGCCCCGUCCGUGUAAAUUACGAGGUUGUGCGGGAUCUGGUGCCCAAGCUGUGGGAUAGUGCCGAACAGAAGGUCGACUGCGUCAUUCACAUAGGCAUGGUUGGGCCGCAACAGGUCUAUUCCAUCGAAAGGCGUGGUCAUCGUGACGGAUAUGACAAAAAGGAUGUUGACGGCCAGCUUCUUGGGGACGAACAGAGGCGGGAGCAGGAAGGGGAUCAGUGGAUAUGGCACGAUGUCCCGGAGGAACUCCUAACAGAUCUAGAUAUUGAAAACAUUUACAAGCGAUGGGUUGAGCGCACGCCGGAUACCCUCAGAUUGCGGUUAUCUGAGGAUGCUGGACAUUACCUGUGCGACUUCAUGUACUUCUCUAGCCUGGCGCAUUUAUAUAAGCAGCAGAGAGCCAAGAGAGUGCUAUUCUUCCAUGUUCCCUUGCAUGCAGACGAAGAAUCUGUGAGUCGGGGAAAAGAGUUGGUGUUGGAAUUAAUAAGGUCGAUAUGCGAGGCUGGGCUUAGAAAGGGGGUUAUGUGAAUGAUGGGAAGCAACUUGAACUGCUUCGAGAGAAGAUUGAAAUUGCCAUGUGGUGAUGAUUUUAAGAGUAUGUAGAUAAUAAUCAUUAUGUACAUAUAUGGUAUAAUCACUUGAAAGAUAUGACUUGAUGUAACUACUA